AGCUGAGCUGAUUCACAAGUAGCUUAUCGUCGUGGAAAAAACUGUCAAAAAUUCCAAAAUAAUGAUGCACAGUUGCCUUAGCUAAAUGCCCAAAGGCGGGCAACGGAGGUGUUAAACGGAAAUGGUAUAUUCAGAGAGCAAAAAGGAUGAAGAAUAUUAAGUUAGCUUGGUCGCCAAAAAAACAAAAACUGUGCAAGUUUUGCAUAACGUUCCCAGUGAGGGACUGGGCGUGAUUGUGGGUGUGGCUCUCUGAGAGCCCUUACUGCCAUAAGCAAUUUUUAAUUGCGGCUUUAGCUCCGGUCCAAAAAGCCAGACAUGAAAAAUGAGCAUUGCCAAAGUUCAUGCAAAUUAAUAAACCGAAGAGUGGGCGGGAGAGAGAUAGACACAGAGAUAUAGCGAGCAAGAGCGAAAGCGAGAUAUCCUGAGCUCGUCAAGUGUGCGUGGUCCUGUCAAGGAUGCGUCGUCGUUGGCCAAGUUAUUGAUGCAGCACGUAAAAAUUCCCAAUGCAUACUCAAAAAGUUCACUCGCUCGCUCGCUCACUCGUUCGCUGCUUGAUUUGGGUCAGCCAAGCGCGAAAGUUUACCUAACUUUUCGUUUCCUGCCAGAGUGAAGCGUUCAGUUCAGGCUCGUUCACUCCUCGCCUGUGUCAUGCACAUAUGUGUGGGAUUUGCCUAAAGUGCAUUAAUGCCACAACACGUAGCCGGAACGUUAAAGAUAACAGCGGCUACCUGUGAGGGCUCCCGGCAGGCCGCAGGACGACCGAUAAGCCAGCUGCAGCUGCAGGUGCACGCGCGGCAGGUAAACGACACUCCAAAGGAUAGAACAUGAAAAAUCACGAGCGGGCGCACUUGGGGUAAACAGGCAAAUGCUAAAAAAAGGACUGGUGUCCCAAACGGUUCCUGUUUGGCUAGCAAGCAGGCAAUCAGAACAUUUGCCUGCCAGCGUAUAAAAGGGGCGGCGGGAGGCACAUCCCAACACAUUCAGUCAGCAAACGUCAUGGAAGCAACAACUGUUAAGACCGCCUACGCACUGUUCCUGCACCGCUCGGAGCUACAGCGACGCAAAGCGCACUUCGCCAAGAUGUCACAGACAAAGAUUCUGUUGACCAAUGAAUUGAUUGCCAAAACCAAGCAGCGCAUGGCCACGUGCAGCUACGAGGAUCUGCAGAUACUGGUCCGGGAGCAGCAGUUCAAGCGGCUGCUCGAACAGAAGCUCCAGCACAGAGCUAAGCAGCUUAAAGCGGUGCAGAGGCAGAACCGCAAACUCAAGCUGAAGCGACUGCAGUGAAGCACUGAAUAGCAAUGGAAUUAUAGAAUCAUCCUAUUUAAUAUUUAGUUCAACUAAUGACCAACAAGAAAUCAAAUUUCUUGACAUGAUAGAAAUCGCAUAUAAUAAUAAUAUAAUAUAUGUAAAUAAUAA